AUGCUUUUGAUUGCUACUUCCAUCUUCUUUGCUCUGCUUGUCGCGUUUUGGUUCACCAAAACUGGUUCUGCCGACCCUUAUGGCGAUUUCCAUGUUGAGCUCAAUCGCGUUGCACCUGGAAAUGUUGAAACGGAAUGGUUGAACAUGGGCUAUUGGAAGGACACUGAUGUCUUUCCCAAGAGCUGUGAAGCAUUAGCUUUGAAACUAGUGCAAGCGACAAAUUUUCCGCCAGGCGCAAGAGUGCUAGAUGUUGGGCAUGGCAGUGGCGAGUCGCUGCUCUUCCUCCUUUCGCACCCGGACGUACCAAGGCCGUCCCAUAUCACGGGCAUAACGAGUCUGGAGGAACACUAUAUACGAUCGCAAGCCAGACUCUCAUGUGUCACCAGCAAAGUACCAGUCGUUUUGCAUGUCGGAGACGCUAUUAGACGGGCGGGGGUAGAUGAUCACCCCUUCAAUAAUGCUCGGUUCGACGCCAUUCUUGCGCUGGAUUGUGCCUACCACUUCAAACAUCGUCGCGAUUUCAUCCAACAGGCCUAUGAUGCUCUGCAGUCUGGAGGAUCACUCGGUUUGGCGGAUAUAUGCUUCGCACCAGAGACCCUCAAUUCACUUCGGAGUCGAUUAAUAACGUUUUUCUUGCGUCUAAUGCCCAAGGGAAAUAUGGUUUCAACCGAAGAUUACUGUUUCCAGAUGAAGGCGGCUGGUUUUGUGGAUGUCGAGCUGGAAGAUAUCAGCCAAGAUGUGUUCCCGGGUUUUAUUCGUUUCCUGCAGAGUCGAGGGUUUGGUUGGAGCAUCUUUGCAAGUGUUCUAAGUCUUUACUAUUCCACCGGCGCGCGUUUUGUUGUAUCUGUCCUCAUCCCUCGAUAUGAAGAAAGGUCCAAACCUUCACCGCACACGGUCUACGAGAUAAAGGUCAAGGCCAACAUCCGUGACUGGUCUAUCUGGCGACGCUACUCGGAGUUUGACGACCUUGACCGUGCCCUUAGAGAUGCCACCCACGAAGCACCGCCCGCUCCCCUGCCCUCCAAACACUCCCUGUCCAUAUUCCGCUCGCAUUCAGACCCGAAGCUGCUUGAAGAAAGGCGUACCGGACUCGAACUCUACCUGCGAGCUAUUCUCAGCGCCAAGGAUGACAAAUGGCGCGAGUCGUAUCUGUUUAGGCAGUUCUUGGGGAUGCCUGUGGGGAAGCAGAGCGAAACGGUGCAGACCUACACACUAGCCUCGUGGCUGGACGAGCAUAUCGAGCUCCAAGCGCGCAUUCGCGAUGUUAGGGCCGAUAUAAACAAACGAGAUGCCCUUUCAGACCGGGGAGACACCAACGGCGCCCAUUCCUCCAAUGUUGCUGCGAAAAAACAACUUGCAGGGGUUAUUUCGCGUCUGGGGAAACUUGCCGAAGGUUUACAGGAUCUGGCCAUGGGUGGGAUGAGCGAGGGAGAGCUACAUCGACGGACAGAUAUGGUCGCGCGACUACGGGACGACUGCGAGAAACUAGGAAAGAUGGUCACCGUUGCACGCCAGAUUGCCCGACCUGGCGCCAGUUCAUCGCGAAAUCCAGCCCCAGACUCGGAUCGUGACGCACUUAUGGGCAGUCCUACGUCAAAGCCGUUUGGCCGGGUAUUCGGUGCCGCCGCUAAACCGCGCGAAACAGAGGAAACACGGCCAUUGGAUGAUCAUGGGCUGUUCAUGCUUCAAGAAGCCAAGAUGCAGCAACAAGACAGCGAGGUCUCUCAACUAACCGCUGUUCUUCAACGACAACGACAUCUUGGCGAGGCGAUAUCCAACGAACUGGCCUUGCAGAUCGAGUUAUUAGACGACCUGGCCAAUCGGGUCGACGACACUUCGGGAAAGCUGCAGUCAGCCAACAGGCAGAUGGGGAGGUUGAGGUGA